UAGGAAACAUAACCAUCUUUGAUCAACGAGCUAGUCAAGUAGAGGCAUACUAGUGACACUCUGUUUGUCUAUGUAUUCACACAUGUAUUAUGUUUCCGGUUAAUACAAUUCUAUCAUGAAUAGUAAACAUUUAUCAUGAUAUAAGGAAAUAAACAAUAACUUUAUUAUUGCCUCUAGGGCAUAUUUCCUUCAAAAAUACCCUCAACGAUGGCUAUAAGUGGCAAGGCCCGGUUUCCUCAGAGGACAAAGUUAUAUGUUUCAGUGAGGUUGGUAGUCAUGACACCGUACCUUGCUCCAUAUGUGUCAUGCAGCAAGGACCACCUCUCUAGAGGCUCAUGCUCUAUCCACUGGCCAAAGGUUUUAAUUGUCCUCCCAAGCCUUCUCCUAGUACCAGGUGGGUCAAAUCUUGGCAAGUCACAAAGCCCAACAGGCUCCUCCUCCACGGCCAUUGUUCCUGUUGCUAACUAUGCAGCUACUGCUUCAACAUGUGCUCUCACCACUGCAUCUCGUGCAGCUUUCUGGUCCCUAACAUGUCUCUGUGUGCACACAUUAAGUCUGCCAUGUAUCAAAUCGUACUUCCAUAGCUGGUUCUGCUUGCAGAGUUUUUUGAAUAUAUUCAUGAGGUUCUUAUUUCUGAACUACGAGAAGAUAUUAGCCCCCCGAUGGCUCAUGCACCAACGGCUCUGCAAGUCCUACCAUGGAGUUUGUUCCUUAGGACCAAGUUGCCUGAAGAACCAUGUCCAACUUUCAAUGCUCUCACUCUCCACAAAUGCAAAUGCCAAUGGGACUACUUGAUUUUGGUCGUCUAGACCAAUGGCGGUCAGGAUCUGACCCUUGUACUUACCAGUGGGAAAAGUGCCAUCUACACAUAUGAAAGCACAGGUGCUCCCUGGGUGAUUUUGGUAAUCAAUGUCAACAUAUUGGCUGUUGGACUAAUAGUUUUAUCAAGUAUAUUUCAGAUAAGUUCAACAGUGGAGUGGCAAGGACAAGAUGACGUGCAACCCCUUCAAAAUGCUAAGGACAAAGAUUGGCAAAAGCUCAAGCUUCUUCAUUUCUAUU